AUGAGUCCCACGGAUGAGGGUUCCUCAAAGGUUCAAAAGAGGCGCGACCCUCGUCUCCAAGUUGUUGAGACUGUCGCAAAGAGAUUCAUAAAGGUAACCUCGAGGAUAGCCAAUGUUGUUGAGCCACCUAGUGCUCCUGUCCCAAUGGUGAUCAGGGGUCUAGCGCUUAGGACCCAUUCACAAAAGACUGUUGUGUCCGCGGCUGACCCCCCUUUAGUGCACUCUACUAUCACAAGGUCAUCUAUGCUUGAGACCCCCUUGUGA